UAGCAGCAAGUGAGGAAAGGGCCGUGGGCGGGGGCAGCUUCAACUUCCGGCGGAGGAGGCCGAAGGGAAGGCCUUCCUUGGCAACCCUGGAUGGGGCUGUGGCAGAGAAGGCGCUUCCUGGGCCUCUUCCCGGCGCGGUGAAGGCGGAAAAGCCGCCUGGUCUGCUCUAGGGCUCGGCCUGGCUGAGGAGGGCUUGGCGGCCCGUGGAAGGAGCAGGCGGAGGCGGCCAUGGGGCCGAGGCUGCGCUGAGGAGAGGCCCGGGCCUGCGUGUCCCCUCCGCCCCUGCUCCCCUCCUGCCCAGCAUGAAGCGGUACCUGCCCGUGGCCCGGCAGCACUUCCUGGCCGCCCUGGCCAGCACCAGCGUGGUGGUGAAGUCCAUCUGCGCCGUGGUGCUGCUGCUGUACCUGCUCUCCUUCGCGGUCGACACCGUCUUCGCCCUGGGGGUCACUCCCGGCUUCCUCUUCCCGCCCAACUUCUGGGUCUGGACGCUGGCCACCCACUGCGUGACGGAGACGCACCUCUGGGACGUGGGCCUGAGCCUGGCCACGGUGGUGGCAGCAGGGCGGCUGCUGGAGCCCCUCUGGGGAGCCCUGGAGCUGCUCAUCUUCUUCGCCGUCGUCAACAUCUCCGUAGGGCUCCUGGGCGCCCUGGCCUACCUGCUCUCCUACGUGGCGCUCUUCGACCUCUCCUACCUGUUCACCGUCCGCAUCCACGGCAUGCUGGGCUUCCUGGGUGGCGUCUUGGUGGCCCUCAAGCAAACCAUGGGCGACCGGACUGUCUUGAAGAUCCCCCAGGUGCGGAUGAAGGUGGUGCCCAUGCUCUUGCUCUUGCUCCUGGCCGUUCUGAGGCUGACCACCCUUAUUGCAAGCAACGUCUUGGCCUCCUAUGGCUUUGGGGUCCUCUCCAGUUGGGUCUACCUGCGCUUCUACCAGAGGCACAGCAGAGGACGCGGCGACAUGUCAGAUCACUUUGCAUUCGCCACGUUCUUCCCUGAGAUCCUGCAGCCUGUGGUUGGGCUGUUGGCCAAUCUGGUGCACAGUCUCUUGGUCAAAGUGAAAGUCUGCCGGAAAACAGUGAAACGGUAUGACGUUGGUGCCCCUUCCUCAAUUACUAUCAGCUUGCCAGGAACAGACCCUCAGGAUGCUGAACGGAGGAGACAAUUGGCGCUGAAGGCUCUGAAUGAACGUUUGAAGCGUGUGGAAGAUCAGUCAGCAUGGCCUAGCAUGGAAGAGGAUGAAGAUGAAGACAGCAUGAAGGCCGAUGAUCCAUUGCUACCAGAGAAGAGCCGGGACACUCUCACAGCAGGAAAAGCAGCCAGCCAGGAAUCCAGUCUCAUAACUUUUGAGGAUGCCCCUUCACAAUUGUGACCAUGACCCACCUGCUCUUUUCUCUGCCUGCCCCUGUAUGUCAGAGCUGCUAAUGAUCCCUCAUGUGCCCUCCCUCACAGCACUGCCUGCUCUGCAGGGAACAAAACACUAUGCCUACUGACCCAGAGAGGCACCCUCCUCCCUUCCAGCAUUUAUUAGCCACAUGUGGCCAAGCCCAGGUCUCAGGACUCUUGGGGUGGAAACUGUUAAGUCACACAGACCUGGAAUUAUGUUUCUUCUCUUCAGAGGGGUGCUUGAAACUGAUAAUUUGUUUCAGAAUUGGAAGGCAAAAAGGGAGAUCCACAUCUCCUUAAUUCAGUAAAGAGCAUCAAGCUGAAUAAAAAAACUCUGCAAAACCAGGCUGACUGGUAGUUGCCAUUGUGGCUAUUAA